AUGGCCCCUGGGAUUCCUCCAUUCACGACACCAAUGAAGAAGUACCAGAAAAGAGAUUUCAAAGAAGACUCAAGUUCCAGAAGACUUGAAAACAUGUCCACAAGAAUUGCAAUCCAUCCUUCCCAUUCAGUGGUUCCUGAAUCGGAUAACUCGGAUGAUUCAUCUGCGGGCAACUAUUUUGACUUUUGUAGUCAAUUGAAGAAGGAAGUGGACGACAUCUUUCACAGUUCUCUAAAUUCAGUGGUGAAGAAAUCCUGCAAAUGCAAGAAUCGGUUCUUCUUGUUAGCCACGUCAGAUGAUGCCUUCUUUAAGAAAACCCAUGUGUUUUUAGAGAGCGAAGGCCAUGUCUCUGUGCAACCAUCAGACUUUUUCAAAAGAGAGAUUCGCUCCUCACCAUUACUGAUAAUUGUCAGAAAUGUGGAUAUUGCAAAGCAUAUCUUUGAGGUGCCACACUUGCUUGAGCUUCGAAAGUCGCCACAUGUCCAAUUUGCAGGGAUUGAUGAACCAGAAGAUGUUGUCAAUUUAACGUAUCAGGAACUCUUCAUUACAGGUGGCUUUGUUAUGUUUGAUAGGGAAGCAAUAGAGUCCAUAAGCUCAGAUAAUAUAAACAAGGUCUGGGGAAUAUUGAAAACGCUUUGCAAAACGGGCAAGUGGAAGUGGGUGUUACACUACAGGGACAGCCGUUGCCUCAAAGAAAAUGCACGGCUGUGUCCCAAAGCAAGAGAAAAAGAAUAUCUAUUGAACAAAUGCAAAGAAGAAGGACUCUUGGACAUUUUGUCUUACCAUGAAUGCGAUCUCAUGACAAGACAAGAGCCAAACUAUCUCCAAUGCCUUUGCCAUCAGCAGGUCCAGAACAUCUCAGCCCGGUAUCCAGUUUUUGUGUCAGAUUUAAAAACGGACUGCCGGUUUGAAAAAAACGGUAUAAUGACAAUGACCGUUGACUCUUUCCUGAUGGGAUUGAUCAGUAAAACCACCAACCGCUUUGUGUAA